AUGGACGACGACCGAGGACUACAGAACAACGUCAUGAGCAAGGUCAUUGACCAGAUGAAUCUGAGCCUGAGCUACAUCGAGUCCCAGAGGGACCAGAUCCUCCCCCUGGAGGCCAACGUUGUCGUGCUGGUUGCAUACGGCAUCCUCUGCGUCAUCGCCGCCUUCGGGAACGCCCUGGUGUGUUACGUCAUCUCCAAGAACAAACGUCUGCAUACGGCGACCAACUUCUUCAUCGCCAACCUAGCGGUCAGUGAUCUCCUCGUGACCUUCAUCAACGUGCCUUUCAACAUCGCCCGCAACAUGAUGAACGACUGGCCGUUUGGUGAGGUGCCGUGCCACCUGGUCAACUACUCACUGGUGCUCACCAGCUACGUCUCGACCUACACCUUGACCUCCAUCGCCCUUGACCGACACCGGGUCGUGUUGAAGCCUCUGUCUCGCCGCAUGACCCGGAAGUUCGCCAUCAGCAUCCUGGUCCUGAUCUGGGUGGUGGCCAUUGUCCUCGCCAUGCCGUACGGCCUGUACAUGCGCGUCUGGAAACUCAAGUUCCUCAUCACGAAAGAAUUCCGCCGCUGUCGGUUCGUGGAUCCCAAACCGUGGGCUGGUUUCGAGAAGUUUCUGACCGUGACAACCUUUAUCCUGCAGUACUGCAUCCCCUUCUCCCUGAUCGCGGUGGCGUAUGGUCGGAUCGUGCAAAGUCUCUGGGCUCGAACCCACGUCGGCGCUGUCACAGCCAAUCAGCAGCUGUCUCAAGCACGCGCUAAACGGAAGAGCAUCAAACUUCUCAUCGCCGUGGUCAUCGUGUUCGCCAUUUGCUGGCUACCCCUGAACAUGUACCACCUGUUGACCGACUUCCACCCGCGGCCAGAGACCUUCCAGUACAACUCGCUCGUCUUCUUCGCCUGCCAUUGGAUAGCCAUCAGUAGCACGUGCUACAACCCGUUCGUCUACUGCUGGCUCAACGAGCACUUCCGGGAGGAAGUGAAAACGAGGUUCAGUUAUAUUUUUAUGCCGUGUAUGCGCCACAAGAGCAACAACGUGGACACGAUUUACCUGAACGGCGACACGAAGACGACACGGAAAGGUCACGCCAGCAGUGCCACGCCCUCCAGCUGCGUGACCCACAGCAUCCGGCGUGACCCGACGACGACAGGCACCGACUUCCUGCGCGACCAGAUCAACCACAACAUCCUGCUCGACCACCUCAAGGACGCCAACAAGAUCAACAUCGUCGAGCUGGCCGACUACGACGACGACAUCAUCACGGACUACACAGAGGAGGCCGCCCAGGGGCUGAUACUCACCGUCGACUCCAACGGCUGCAGCAGCGCCACCUACCGCAACGGUAACAAACACGCCUAG